CAUCUCUGACAGAGCGCCCUGUCAUUAAAUUCAAAAAUAAAUAGUGAUGGUUUCAAAAUCAUCCUGCUCAAAGUUUUUACAUAUUAUUGAAUAAAAAUUGAAUAAAAUAUCAAUUCCAAAUUAAAUAGAUAGAGGAAAUUCUAUUGCAAUUAUCGUGUAUUUUAGGUAAUACAUUUUUUGUUUUAUUUGAAUUAUUUGGAUUAUUACUUCUAGUGCUUAUAGAUGAAGAUGCAAUUAAUAUGCCUCUGCAACUGGAUCCUUCAACAAUACAAAAGCUUACUCAUGAGUCGUCUGAAAUUCGGUUGCGAACAUUUGAACAGAUUUGGAAUAAGUUAAAUCGUGCUUUUGACCAUAAUGAAGACAUACAAUUCAAAGUAGGAGAAUUGUGUAAACAACUCAUCCGUUGGUUUGGAUUUGAACCAAUAUGUGAAGCAAAUCGCGUCCUCCAACUACUUAUAAAAAUUUUAAGAUCAAGCUACAGCGAACAAGCUGUUAAACAACUUGGUAUGAAUCGCUUCAAGCGGGAGAUGGAUAAAGUUAAACUUCGAGUCAAAAACUAUCAAACCGAAUUACAAUUAGUGGAUGAAGUAAAAAGUAUACUGUGCAACUACCGCGAUAGUAAACUGAAAAAUGAAAUGGAUAAAGUUAUGGAAGUUUUUGAAACCAUUUCACUUAUGGAUACAGAUGAAAAUGACAGUGCUAAAAGUGAAACGUUUUUAAGCAAUUUUGUAGCCAAUGACUACGAACCAGCGUGGUCAAAACCAACACCGGCAGAUUUUACUGCACUCAGAUUUAUAGCAGAUCUUUUAACUAAUACAGAUAUUGACGAACGUGAAAUGUCAAAUGCCCUUCUACAUCUAGAAAUCACAAUGUUAGACUAUCCUGCCGAAUAUAUGCUUCAAGCACCACAUGUAUUUUUGCGUCUUUUACAUCUAUAUAAUUUAAAUGAUUUUGAAAAAUGCAAUGUAUUGGAAAAAGUUAUGAGGCCAAUUACAAUUUACUUGCGGCUUCUUUUGGCCAGAUCAAAAGAGCGUUCUAAUGUAAGUGCAUAUUCAACAAAUACAGCAGUAACACUUAUAUCCGGAAAUACACAAUUAAAAGUGAGUACUAUUUUGCGCUUGGUUCUUGCAAAGAGUGUACAACUUUUGGAAAUAUUGGUACACGAAUGUCGUAAAGAAAUGCAAUAUAUUAUGGGAAUCGCUAGAGACUGCCUUGAGCUGUUUCGCCUUCAACAAAUAUCUGUUGAUAAUGAUGUGUUGCGAAGGCUAUACUCAAUUAUACUUAAUCUUCAAAUUUGCUUUGAGCAAGAUGGACAUUUCACAUUGAAAAGAAUUAAAUAUCUCAUACUUGUAUGCCUAGCGGAUGAUAUUUCAGCUCAUAAUAUCAACGAACAAAUGGAGAAGGAAGAUUCAAAAAUGUUAGACUCUCUGCUACGUGAUUAUACUUUCAAAGUUAAUUUUCCGCAUCGUUAUCGUAAUAUUGAAAAACGUAAACAAAUAUUUGGUUCUAAAGCCUUUGAUCAAUGUCAAAAGCUGCAACAUUAUGAUAGCUGUAUUCGAUUUGCAGUGUCAUUACUUCGUUAUCCACAAACUAUCAAUAGCGAAUUAAUACUAUUGAAUGAACCCAAUAUAUUUGUGGCUAUAGAAAAUUUAAAAAGUGUACAAUUAACUGAAUAUGUAUUUCAAUCGAUUAUUGAUUGCAACGCACAAUAUUUAGAAAAGCCCGACUUGCGGUCAAAAGCUACAGAACUAUUACUUAAUUUAAUGCGGUUGAAACAUGAGCCACUGCGGAUACAUGUUUAUAAAAUACUUUCUAUGGCGGUAAAACGGCACUUUGCAUGUUUAAUGGAAAACGAACGCUACAAUAUUGGUUUGACACAUGGACAGUUGCUAGAAUGCCAAGUACUAGGUGUACCAUGGAGCAGUGAACUACUACUCCAUCUGAUUUAUGUUUGCGGCGAUAAUAAAAAUGAAAACUUAAGCAAAAUCAGUGAAGAUAUAUUAAUAUUAAUAUUAAAGUCUCAGCACUUAUUGGGUGAAGAAUGGCUAAAAUUAUUACAUUUAUUUCUACCAAUAUUGCCUUUGUUACAGUGUUGUACACAAUCUCAAAAUAUUACACUGCUGCUGCAAAAACUACUUGAUCCAGAUACAAAACAACUGCCUUUUUUGACGGUAUUGCAAGGUAAUAUUAUAUUUAUGUUUCAUCACGACAGUACUAUACGUAGCGAAGCUUUAGCGCGUCUUCUUUACAUAAUGAAUACACUACCAGACGCUGAUAAAUAUGUACCAAAUCUUCUACAUAUAAGCGAUGUAAUACCCAACGAUGUAUGUAUUUUGAAAAGUCCUCGGGAAUAUCAAAAGAUUUUUACAGAUGUUCAUUCUUCUUAUGAAAGAGAUACUUUACAUAAUUUGCUGAAUAUGUUAGAAAUGACCGAUGUGGAACCAGUGAUACGCAAAACAACACUAAUGCAAUUGAAUGUUAUGUGCCAGCAAUGGGAAACUUUAACUACAUUUUGUGAAGAGAGUGCUCAUUAUUUAAUCUUACAAGCGCUUGAAAAUGCACUAUUGGUUACAUCGUAUGAAGAUUAUACCGGCUCUGCAAUUCCUGCAAUCAGUAUACUUUGUAAGGUGUUGUUAUAUGACGCUUCUUUGCGUUGCGAAUUAUCAGAUACGCCCAAUAUAUACAUUUUACUGUUACGCGCGAUUGCUCUCUAUCAAAAUGAUAUACAGUUACGUCAGGACGCCUGUGUUUGUCUAUUUCUCCUACUUUAUUCAAGUUUCAUUGUAGUUUUGGGUAACCAGCGUGUUGAGGCACCCAGCCUGUUAGAUAAUUUACAAUUGCCGCUAAACUUUGAUUUGCAAUCGUUUGAACAACACAAUACCGCGCUCUACGAAUACGAUAAAAUUUUCGUAAAUAAAGCGGAAGCCACGUUAUAUUUGCGGCAUCUAUUAGCAAACACCUUUUAUGACGAUCAAAUUCCCGUACCUAAACAGUACUUGGAAGAGCAAAAGAAUUACGAUUUUGAUGCAGAAUUGCAUUUGCAAUUACGUGAUUGGCGCUUAAUGAGCGCUACUAAUCCGAAACAUAAUAUACAACGAUUUUUGAGAGCAAUUUUAAAUGCUACCGAUCAUAAGUCGCUAAUAAAUGCGAGUAUUUCAUUGCAAUUACAGCUUAGUCUGCGCGAUCAACAAACUGAUAAUACCAAUACAUUGAUGCCCGACAAACUUGUCGACGAGCUAUAUGGUAUGAUUAGUAAAUACUUGCAGUUACCGCCGGGUAACGAGUCGGAUUAUGAACUUUUUGAAGUAUUGAUCGAUUUCUGUCAAUUCUGCGUACAAUUGCCUUUAACUAUAAUAAAUAUACGUUUGGUAGAGGAUUUAAUAACGGAUUUUCAGCAUGCUAUUAUUGCGCUACUUAAAAACGAAGAUACUUCACUUCGUUUGUAUCACAAAUUAUGUGUUUUAUUGAAAAGUUUAAUGGAAUCCGUCAAAACUGUAAAUGGAGACAACGAAAAGUUGCGUAUUUUACAUAGUAACUUAUUUGAAUUGAUAUUUCAAUUAAUCACGCGGCAUUUUCAAAAACGUGAUUUCCUACGCAUACGCUGCUUAUUAAGUCUACAAGCCACACUAAGCACUUACGAUAUUGCUAUUGCGGAUAGGCAACUCAUGGCAUACUGCAAACGCUUCAUAAAAUUAUCACUUGUAUUAAAGUCAUUUACGCAAACCGGAUCACAAUGGCAGAUUGAUUGCCUCACUAUUGUCUGUCGGCUUUAUACACAGUUGGAGGAACCACAACGUAGUUUUAAGCUUUGCCAAUCAUCCGUAAAGUACUUGAGUGGUCUAUGCGGGCAUUGUGACCGAAAAGUUCGUGCGCUGGCCUGGUGUAUUUUAACAUAUUUUUCACGCUAUGACGAUUCGCUUGAUAACAGUACAACAUUAACAACUGAUGGCGGUGAAUCGAUAGUGGUACGUCAAUUAGCGGCGAAUUUAUUUACCAAUUUUCUCAGUGGAGCUGAGAAAAAAGAAGACGCAUUUCAAUUACUUACACGACAUAAAUUUCUAUUCUUUGCUAACGAAGCCAUACGCGGUUGUUGCAUAUUCGAACAAACAUUACCGUUACAUUUUGAUCAUAAUUCCCCAAUCAGCAUAACUAAUUGUGAUUUGAUAAGUUGUUUUUGUAAAAUAUGCUCAAGAAUGUUGGAAAAUAAACCAGAUUUCGCUAAAGAGUUGUGUGAAAGUGAUUUUAUGUUAAAAUUAUAUGAAUUAAUGAAAAUGUCACCAGCGGAUGAGAAUCCCAAAUACUACGUCAUGUGCGGCGAAAUUUGCCGCUUAUAUGGAGCAUGUUAUCCAACAAAUUUCUCUUUACUGCAGCGCACCUUGUGUCGUGAUCAAGUUUGGCUUAAACAUUUUUAUCAAUUAUUCGACCAGCCAGAUAUAUUAGAUGCAGUGAUUGUAAAUGUUUUGCAGCUGCUGUUGGUUCUUUGUAAAGACGAUAUGGCUUAUGAGAAGUUAUGCGACAACAUUUCCAAAGCGCCGGCAUCGCUUGUGAGACAUUUGUUGCGCGCUUUCGCAAUUGAGAAUCUCAAUACACCGCUGCAACGAUGUUCUUUGGCAGCGUUGAGUUUAUUAUUGAUCAAAGGUCAGAAUAAAGUACACGGCCAAAAUAGGCCUAAUAACAUUGUAGUGACACUGGAACGCAAUGUCGCAAUAACGGAUAAUAAAGACAUUAUCGCGCUAAAAGUGGCGAAAUUUACUGAAAUUCUGACGCAGAGACAGUACGACAAUAUCAGUGAGGAUCUAAGCGUCGAUAUUGAUUUAGUAGAAAAUGAAAAUGCGAGCAGUAACAGUUCGGCGAUAACAGUAGCAACAAAAUCCGCAAUUGCUCUUAUUUUUGUAGAGUUGUUUCGCCUAUUUCAGCACCUUUACUCCAUAGCGACGAACAAAUUCACUAACGCACCAACCAAAGCCCAAGUGCAAGUAAGUGAAACGCUGGGGGUGAUUCUGAGAAUUUCCGUAGGCGCACGGUUGGCGGCGAAAAAUCUGAAACUCUUCGAUAAAAUAACGCAAAUUUUCGAUACAUUUUUUGAACAAUUCAAAUGCAGCGCUACUACUUACGUACGCCGUUAUGGCGAGAACAAAAAACUGACUUUGAUAAAAAAUUUUAAACUUUUACUAAACGUAUACUUGCAUUGGUUUGCCGCUGCUGAUGCAGCGCUCACGGAUAAUCUUCAAAGUGUAGCACUUUCCAAGCUCAUAAUGCAGUUGUGGCCGUGGUUGCCACAUUCAGGUGACUUAAAAGAGCUGGUACUGCAGGUGUGUUGUCAUCAUAGUGAGCAUUCAUUUGCCGUAUGUAAACAGUUUGCGAUGCUGUUUUCCGGAUAUGCGCACUCAUUACUGCAAUUGGUCAUUAAGUUGAUCGUAGCCGAAACCACGAAGGUAAAGGCGAACAAUGCCGAAAGUUUCCCGGUUAUCAGUACGGGCUUGCGCAUAGUUAUGAAUUGUUGCUCAUGUGCAGAGGGUCGCGUCACCAUAACUAAGGCACUUAUGUUGGACAUGUUUGAUAGCCUGCAUCCGUUUCACUUAAAAUCGCCUAAAGUUAAAGCGGAUAUACUGCGUUCAUGGUUGCAGUUUUGGGAGUUAUUUUCACGCUAUCCGGAGGGUGCGCAUACGCGCAAUUUGCGAGCUCUCUGUGAUGUAAUUAUACGGUCUCCACCCAGCAGCACUGUACGCAUAUUGACGCUUCGUAUAUUGCGUAAUAUGUGUUUUUUGGGUAGUAAUCGUUCGGCUUUGAUGACAUCAAACGACUUUAUUUGUACAAUUGAUACGAUUGUUGGCGAACGACUGGAUUCGUCAGCAGCAUCAAAUGCGGAACAGAAAUAUGUAUCGUAUGAAGAACAGUUGAUAGCAUGUGUUGGUGUUUGGAAAUUAGCCUCCGGUGGUGCAAAGUAUGUCGCUAUGCUACGUUGUACCAAUUUGGCCAAACAACUGCGGCAGUUGAACCAGCAGUUGCAGUCACUCAAGGAGAAUAAUUCCAAGAAGUUUUCACAAAUCUCUUUCGCUACAGAUUUGUCGUAUGUGCUAGAUGUAAUCUUAAAUAUUUUUAAUAAUUAGUAUUUUAUAUGUUUAAAUAUUUAAAUUAUUUUAGAUGAUAUUCUUAAAAAUAUAUAAUAUAAGUCCUCUUAAAACAAAUAAAAACAUAUAUUAUAAUUGAAAAAAAAGACUUCUACAAAAUUUUGCUACCAUUGAAAAUCUGUAUUUUUUAAUUUGUUGAAUUAAAACGUCUUUUUUAAUAAUGUACACUCCAAAUGUUAUUAUUUUGUUAUUUUUUAUUAAUGAAAUUUAUUAUAUUUUUGCGACGAAAUUGCGGCUUAAACUUAUAAAUAUAAUC